GCGGGGCGCUACAUCCGGGUACUACCGCUGACCCCUGACGUGAGCCUGCAGGAUUGCAAACAUGGCGGAGCCCUCCCUCGGGAACUCGAGCCCAGGAGGUUCAGCAGGUUCCGAUGACCAUGAUUUCGAUCCAUCAGCAGACAUGCUCGUACACGACUUUGAUGAUGAGCGCACCCUGGAGGAAGAGGAAAUGUUGGAGGCAGCAGAUGAAACGAACGCAAACGAGAUUGAAGAUCUUGCACGAGAGGGGGAGAUGCCCAUUCAUGAACUGCUGAAUCUGUACGGUUAUGGGGGUGGAUCACCAGCAGAUGAAGAUGAAGAGGAGGAUGAAGAACCGGAGGAAGAAGAGGAGGAGGAUGAAGAGGAUGAGGAAGAGGACCUCGACAAUGAUGAGAGCAGCAGAAGCACCAGCGAGUUGAAAAGAAAUGAGGGUGAGGUUGUGAAGAACUCAUCAGGACAGGUGGAUGAGGUCCAGACAACUCCCGAGGGCCGCACGCGCUCAGUACGAUCUCUCGGCACUGCAGAACUUAUUCGUCCCCAGAAACUCAAGUACUUUGAAAGUAAUAAUGAUGCAGAGGAGGAGUCAGAUGAAGAUGAGGACUAUGUUCCAUCUGAAGACUGGAAAAAGGAAAUCAUGGUGGGUUCAAUGUACCAGGCAGAAACUCCUGUUGGCCUGUGUAAAUAUAAAGACAAUGAAAAAGUUUAUGAAAACGAUGACCAGCUGUUGUGGAACCCAGAGUGUCUUCCUGAAGGCAAAGUGGUGGAGUUUUUGACGGAGGCAUCGAGACGGACGGGAGAGGAGAGGGGAGUGGACGCUAUCCCAGAGGGCUCUCAUAUCAAAGACAAUGAACAGGCUUUAUACGAGUUGGUGAAAUGCGACUUUGACACAGAGGAAGCUUUAAGAAGAUUGAGGUUUAAUGUAAAAGCAGCCAGAGAGGAGCUCUCUGUCUGGACUGAAGAGGAAUGUAGAAAUUUUGAACAAGGACUUAAAGCUUAUGGGAAAGACUUUCAUUUAAUACAGGCCAACAAGGUGAGAACUAGGUCUGUAGGAGAAUGUGUGGCCUUUUAUUACAUGUGGAAGAAGUCUGAGCGUUAUGAUUUCUUUGCACAGCAAACCAGACUUGGGAAAAGGAAAUACAACCUUCAUCCCGGUGUCACAGACUAUAUGGACAGAUUACUGGAUGAGACAGAGAGUGCAACGUCUAGUAGGGCGACGUCCCCUCCACCCACCACCUCCAGCAGCAGCACCAGCCACUCCGAAAAGGAAGACGGCAGCAGUCAGAACGGUAUUGCCAGCCACAACUCCAGCCACCCAGCUGAUGGUCCUCAGUUACUCCCAGCAAACCCAGUCAAACCCGAGCCCAUUCAGUCAAACGGUCCCUCCCAUCCCACAGUGGAAGCUCCUCCUCCCAUUUCAGACAACAACUCCAACGGCUGCAGCCAACCCAGCGCACCCCUCCACGACCGAAACGGCUCUCUGGAGCCCCUGCUGGACCACAAAGACACGACAACACAGGAGAGACCAGCCAAGAGAUGCAGGACGGAGGCAGAGCCCCUGAGCCAGAGCGAGGUGGAAACAUCCAGAACACAGGAGAACUGACAGAUCAGUGAUGUAGACUGAGAGACACUGAACCAGGGUGAAAGAAUCAUCUGCAUUUUGUCACAGCAGAAGUAAGGAUGAUAAAACAAGCCCCUGUUGGCUCACGGGCACGGUUUCUCUUGAGAGAAAAGACUCUAAUGAGGUCCCUGAAAGUCACACCUUGAAGAACACAGCCAACCAAACUGCAGCUGGUCGUCCAGGGGGGCUGCAGCCUCCCCUGUCUCUCCGUCACAUCCACGCACUGACGGCCUGCAGAGCUCAUCCCAAAGCACCACAGCAGCUCCAUCACAUCCUACUGAACAAAACAUCUCCUCUGCUAUUGUCUUUAUUCCCUCUCUGAGACUUGACUGACAAAAUGUUUGCCAAGAAGUUCCUUUUUUUCUAUUUGUAUCAAAGAAAAGAAAUCACCUGUGAUAUUUUUUUACACAAGAGAUAUUUAUAUUUUUAAGCAAAAGAAAACUAUGAUGGAUAACCGCAGUUCAAACUAUUUGAACAUUUGAUGAAACAGGCGACAGGUUUAAAAAGAUUAUGUGCUGAAGUUUGUCCAAAAGAGGCACCGUAGAGUCAGGCUAGUGUGCCGCUGGUCCUCUUUAGUUGCACUUUGAUUGUAUGUUUCUCUUUGUUAUCGAUGAGGAGUGGUGUCAAAACCCAGCAGAAAAACAUUGUCACUCCUUGUCUUCUGAACCCGCUCUGGCCUCUGUGUAUCACGGCUGUUUGUUUGAUUCUGAGAAAUAAACCAGUGGGUGACUCCCCCUGCAGGUUUGUUUGUGUAAAGCAGCUGACAUCAGUGAUGUCCUGUAUUAUAACUCAUCAUGUAGAAGAUGGCUGUAUUUUUGGAUUUCCAUGGUCAGUGCUUUGCUCGACGCUUUGUUUUUACUAGACAGAACGUGCGUGAUUUUUAAUGUAAAGUUUGUAUAGAUUUCUUACCUUGAGCAGUUGGUACAUUUUUUAUAACAACUCUUUGUUCAUCUCUGUAUUUUCUGGUCUUCCUUGUAGCCUGCGCUUUUUGUUGACAAAUCUUCUGCUCUGAGAUGGAUGUGAUAAAAAAGUAGCCAUUCCUAUUUUCCCUCUUUGCCUGGCAGCACUUCCCAUUCCUGUACCACCUCGCUCAGUCUGAAAUGUUUGUUGCAGAGCGCCUCGUCUUUUGUCUGUGGUCGAGUGUGCAGCCUUUCUCUGGUUUAAAACCUUUACAAAGUGCUUAGUUUCAACUAGAUUUCCUGCCUCUUUCCUCAGUCAGUGCUUCAGAGUGGUUAAACAGAGCAGGCUGAGGGGUGAAAGACCUUCAUUUGAUUUGGGUACAGUAGCUGUUCAGCUCAAUGCUUUUGUGUUUGAUUUUUCAUUCACAGAUUAAGGUUAAGUUUGUCUCAGAUAAUUCAUCCAUGUAGUCUUUUCUUUCUCUUUUGUUGACAGUGAUGUCGUUUAUUUUUAUUUCUCUGUAAAUGACGAAUAAAAAUGAAGUGUAUUCCAAGACUGGCUAUGAAUGGAAUAGCAUUGGUUAUAUUUAAUAAAUGUAUUAAUGAGUCUGA